AUGUACAAAGCAAAGCCUCCCUUUCCUCAAAGGUUGGCAAAGAAGAAUGAUGAUGCUAAGUGUCAGAAUUUCUAUGUUCAAUUGAAGCAGUUAACAGUGAAUUUUCCAUUCUUAGAUAUUGUUAAAGAGAUGCCCGAAUUUUCUAAGUUUGUAAAAGACCUGCUUACGAAGAAAAGGUCUGUUCAACAUGAGACAGUGAAUUUAACUCAUCGGGUGAGUUCAAUUAUUGCUUCCACCACAAUUCAGAAGAAGGGAGAUCCAUGGGCGUUUACCAUUCCGUACAAUAUUGGGAUUCAUGCAUUCGCCCGUGCUCUGUGUGAUAAUGGGGUGAGUAUCAACUUGAUGCCCCUUGCUAUUUUCAAACAAUCUGGAUUGGGGACUCCUAGACCGACUUCUAUGCGAUUACAGAUGGCAGACAGAUCUAUCAAGAAGCCAGUUGUGGUUAUCGAUGAUGUGUUGGUACAAGUGGGUAAGUUCAUGUUGCCUGCUGAUUUCGUGAUUCUGGAUUGUGCGGAGGAUAGCGAUAUUCCCAUUAUCUUGGGAAGACCGUUCCUUGCUAUGGGAAGAGCGCUUAUGGACUCUGAAAAUAAUGAAAUUAAGUUCCGAGUGAAUGAUGAAGAAGUAACUUUCCAAGAAAGCAAGGGGAUGAAGUUGCCAAGCGCUUAUGAGAGUAUCUCGGUUAUUGAUUCAUUUGAUGGGAUUGAUGAUGCUGUCGAACAUAAAAUGGAAGAAGAAAGUCUGGGAGAAGCUCUCACUGAAGUUCUGAUAAAUUUUGAUGCUUGUGAUAUGGAGGGCUACGUGGAAACUAUAAACGCACUUGAGGGUCUAGGUUCCUACACUUACCACCCAAGAAAGCUUGAUCUUGACCUUGCAAAUAGAACUACUCCACCAGCUAAGACUUCUAUUGUUGAGCCACCAAAGAUUGAGCUUAAGCAGUUCCCAACACACUUAAGGUAUGAGUUUCUUGGUCCGAACAAGACAUUGUCAGUAAUUAUUUCAGCAUUAUUGACUGAGGAACAAAUUGAGCAUUUAGUGGAGAUUUUACGCGAGUACAUACGUGUUAUUAGUUGGACCAUAGCAGACAUUCGGGGUAUUCCUUCUGGUAUUUGUGCACAUAAAAUUCAGCUAGAGGAGGACAGCAAGCCGAGUGUUGAGCAUCAGCGGAGAUUGAACCAGAACAUGCAAGAGGUCGUGAAAGAGGAGAUCAUAAAGUGGUUAGACGCUGGGGUAGUUUAUCCGAUUGCAGUCAGCAAGUGGGUAAGUCCUGUUCAAUGUGUAACAAAGAAAGGAGGUAUCACUGUGGUGCCUAAUGCGAAGAAUGAGCUGAUUCCCGCUCGUACAGUUACUGGAUGGCGUGUUUGCAUGGAUUAUAGGAAGCUUAAUACUGCCACUUUUAAAGACCAUUUUCCCAUGCCUUUCAUUGAUCAGAUGCUGGAUAGGCUGGCUGGGAGGUCUUACUAUUGCUUCCUAGAUGGAUACUCGGGCUAUAAUUAGAUCAACAUUGCCUUAGAAGAUCAAGAGAAGACAAUGUUUACUUGUCCCUAUGGGACGUUUGCGUUCAGUCAAAUGCCCUUUGGGUUGUGCAAUACACCAGCUACUUUUCAGAGGUGCAUGAAGUCGAUCUUUUCUGACAUGGUAGAGUAUUUCUUGGAGGUAUUUAUGGAUGAUUUCUCUGUUGUUGGUGAUUCAUUUGAUGAUUGUCUUGACCAUCUGGGUCAAGUGCUUUAAAGAUGUGAGGAGACAAAUCUCGUGCUAAAUUGGGAGAAGUGCCACUUUAUGGUGAAGGAAGGGAUCUUCCUCGGUCACAAAAUUUCUGAAAAGGGAAUUGAGGUCGAUCAAUCGAAGAUAGAUGUGAUUGCGAAACUUCCUCCACGUAUCUCAGUCAAAGGUGUUCGAAGUUUAUUAGGACAUGCUGGGUUUUUAUAGACGCUUCAUCAAGGAUUUCUACAGGAUUGCUAACCCGAUGUGCAAACUUCUUGAAAAAGAGGCUAAAUUUGUGUUUGAUGACAAGUGACGAAAGGCGUUUGAUGAACUAAAGGAGUGCCUUACUACUGCUCCUGUGAUUGUUACUCUGGAUUGGUCCUUGCCCUUUGAGUUGAUGUGUGAUUCUAGUAGUUUCGCGAUAGGUGCGGUACUUGGCCAGUAGGACACUUGAUGCGGCGCAGAUGAACUACACGGUGACUGAGCAAGAGCUGCUUUCGAUAAUAUAUGCUUUUGAGAAGUUUCGCUCCUAUUUGCUGGGGUCCAAGGUUGUGGUGUACACUGACCAUGCUGUGUUGCGGUAUUUGAUGGCAAAGAAGGAAGUUAAGCCGCGACUGAUUCGUUGGGUCCUUUUAUUACAAGAGUUUGAUUUUGAGGUAAAAGAUCGAAAGGGGUUCGAAAAUCAAGUUGCAGAUCAUCUCUCUAGGCUUGAGGAAACUGGGGUGCCAGCAGAUGAACUUGAUAUUGAAGAUGCGUUUCCGGAUGAGCAAGUUUUGGCGGUGUCUAUACAGGUGGCACCUUGGUUUGCCGAUUUUGCUAACUACUUGGUGACUGGUAACAUUCCCGAAGAGAUAAAAUCGUAUCAGAAAAAGAAGUUUUUGCGGGAUGUUCGUUAGUACUAUUGGGAUGAACCUUAUUUAUUCAGAACUAGCGCCGAUAAUAUUAUUCGGCGUUGUGUCCCAGAGAGUGAGAUAUUAGAGAUUUUGAAGGCCUGCCACGACUCUCUAGUUGGGGGACAUCAUAGUGGUACGAGGAUUGCUGCCAAGGUUCUCGAAUGUGGUCAUUAUUGGCCUACUCUCUUUCAUGAUGGUAACCUGAUGGUGCGUUCUUGUGAUCAGUGCCAAAGGCAGGGGAAUAUUGGAAGGAGGUAAGAGAUGCCUAUGAACUUUGUAAUGGAGGUUGAAGUGUUCAAUGUUUGGGGAAUUGAUUUUAUUGGUUCCUUUGUAAGCUCUUGUGGAAUGAAAUACAUCUUCGCGGUUGUUGAUUAUGUCUCUAAAUGGGUAGAAGUGGUGGCUUUACCUAAUAACGAAGCCAAGAGUGUCAUGAGAUUCUUGAAAAAGAACAUAUUUACUCGUUUUGGUACCCCAAGGGCGAUAAUCAGUGAUGGUGGUUCUCACUUUUGCAAUAAAGCCUUUGCGGGAUUGAUGGAGAAGUAUGGAGUCAAGCAUAGGGUGGCAACCCCGUAUCAUCCUCAGACAAACGGGCAAGUUGAAGUCUCUAAUCGGGAGAUAAAGAGUAAUUUAGCAAAAACGGUGAAUGCGAACAGAACUGAUUGGGCCCGCAAGCUCGAUAAUGCUCUAUGGGCUUACCGGACUGCGUUCAAAACUCUGAUUGGGACUUCGCCUUUCAAGCUAGUUUUUGGUAAAACAUGCCACUUGCCAGUUGAACUUGAACAUAAGGCCAUGUGGCCCUUGAAGAAAUUGAACAUGAAUUGGGAAGAAGCGACCAAACUCAGGUUGUUUCAACUUAACGAGAUGGAUGAGUUCCGCUAUCAGGCAUAUGAAAGUGCAGCGCUAUAUAAAGAAAGGAUGAAGCAGUAUCAUGACAAGAAAAUCCUGAAGCAGGAAUUAUACAAGGGUGACCCCGUCUUACUGUUUAAUUCUAGAUUGAAGCUGCUUCCGGGCAAAUUGAAAUCACGGUGGUCAAGGGCCCUUUGAAGUGGUAAGUGUCUCACCCCAUGGAGCUAUUGAAUUGAAGUCCGAAGACGGAACUCGAACAUUUAAGGUGAACGGGCAGAGGGUGAAGCACUACCAUGGUAUGAUUGCGGGAGAUAGAAUUGUGGACUGAUAUCGGUUGAAGCACGUUGGGACGAUUGCUGACUCGGCGAGUCCCGACCAAGAGUAAAUUGUUAACACCGCCGUGUUGCGACGUUAAAUCAAGCGCUUCUUGGGAGGCAACCCAAGUUUAAAAUUCUAUAAUUUUGUUUUUGUAGGUUUUAGUUAUUUUUUAUUUUUUUACAGGUGUCGAGAGCGCAGGAACUGAAACUCGGAAGACCAGCAAAGUGAUACCAGAGCACAAAGACGGGCCGUCGACAUGUUGACGGACCGUCAAUGUACAAUGACGGUAUGCAGAGCUGAACUUCUGAGGAUUAACAACUGCUCAUCUGCAGGUAAGUAAAUCGACGAGCAUGUCGAUGGACCGUCGACACGUUCGACGACGCCGUCGAAGUGGUCAUCAACAGGUCAGCUCUUUUCUUUAUUUUUUUGUCGUAUCUACGCUUCGACGAGUCGUCGACAUGUCGGAGACUAUUCCAAAAACUUAGAAAAAUAAAUAAAUGAAGGCAACCAGUCGCAAAUUUAAAUCAAAGUAACGGGCAGAGGUUUAAUAUUUUCCCACUAUCCGUAUAUCUCUCUCGCUCAACCCCCUCAUCUCCCCAUAACUCAUCCAUAAAUCAUCACCCACUACAAACUCCUACCCUAAAAGUUUACCCCCACUAAUUUUCGAGAUUCUCUGCCCAAGUGCGAAAAUCUGCUGUCUUGCUUCUCUAUUUUUUUUUGGAUUUUAGUCAAGUAUUCUUCUACUUCUUCACAUAAUCAGGUAUGUCGCAUAAAUUUCGGCCCUUUCUUGGUUUUAUGUAGGAAUUUUGUUCGAAAAUUUCUAACACAAUGCCUAGGGUUGCUAAAUUAAUUGAACAAUUGGAUUAUAGGACCUAGGCUGUAUUAGAUGGCAAUGAAAUAAGUUGCGUGUGCUUUUAACUGGGAUACAUGGGUGAUAUCUGUGAUGUGAAUGCUGAGGGUAGAAAUUAUGACUUAGGGAUUGUACUUGUUGAAUGAAAUUCAUGCUUAAAUUUGUAAAAAAAAACAUGAAAUUAUUGGUUGGGGGAGGGGAAUUUGGUAUGAUUGAUAUUACAUGGACUUAUGGGGACGAUAAUAUCGUGCCCCCAUUGAGUCGGCGGGCAUUUUAAGAAACUUGUUGAUUCAUUAUGCCCGCCAAUGGUUCGAAAAAAAGGAAUCUGUUGAAACAUGAAGCUUGAGGAGUGAAGUCUGAGUAACUCCAAUGGGUUUGAGGGUAUUUCGAUCAAAAAUCUCGGUUUGAAUAUCGUUAUACCCACCAAACAAAACCCGGACAAUUGCCUAAAGUCAAAAAGGUUGAAAAUGAGGGUGAAGUCUGAGUAACCCGAAGCCCCAAAACCCCAAAUGUGCAAAAUAGUUGAAAAUUGGUUCUCCGAUUGAUUGAAAUGGAAAGCGCAAAGCCGAAACAAGUUUUGAUUUUUGUUUACUGUUGUUUGCUGAUGCAGGGCCGUAAACAUGUUGACGGCACCGUCGACAGGUCGACAGACUGUCUUUUCACAAAGAUGGUCCCGUCAAGAUGAUUGACGGUCCAUCGACAGGUUUGACGAUCCGUCGAAGAGCAUCGACGGUCUGCAGACAGAGAGUAUUAGAGAACUGAAACUGAGAUUUUUUUUUUUAAACUAACUGUGUUAAUUUCACUUGUAUGGAUUGACUAGAUUGUGGUUUUUGAUGAUUACAGGUAUGGCGCCACCCAAGUUAACAACCACUCGAGGGGGUGGCUCGAGGCAAACUCAAAGAUCAACGAGUCGAAGAAGGCCCAGUGGCGAACCCACACUUAGAGACGAAAGAUCGGAUGAUGAGCCUGAGGUUAUGCCCGUGAAGAAGAAUAGGGUUGCGCCUCCCCCAUGGAACAGGCAGGUCACAGUACCGGCACCUACACAUCCUAAUUUCUCCUAGUCUUACGAGGAGGAAUCAUCUACAUCUGGGUCCAGUGAUGGAUCCGAGGAGGAGGGGUCAGAGACUGUAUCUGCAGAUGCCUCACCUGCUGCACGAGCACAGUCUACUAAGGAUGCUGCUCAGUCCUCUCAAGCACCUUCUAGAUCCCAGAUCCGUCAGAGCUCAUAUGAUACUGAUGCUGAUAUUGAGGCGGCUUGGGCUCGGGAACUUAGAAGCAAGAGGCUUGAGGAUCGCUUCACUGUUGAGGGUGCCAAGUAGCUGUAUGAGUAUGGCAUUGAAUUGAAAGGUGAUGACACUCAGCAUGAGAAACGAACCAUAAAUGAAGAGAGGCGGAUCAGUUUUGAGGGGCUCGAGAUCUUACCCAGAGCCAGAAAGCUUAUUCGUCACUAUCAGUUAGAGUUCAUACAGGAGCAUCCUGGGGACUAUUGCCCUAUUUUCAUUCGUGAGAUAUAUGCCGCAUAUGGGGCCUUGAUCUCAAAAGUCAAAAAGAGGCAUCAGAAGUUGAAGGAGAUACCGCCACGGAGCGAGGUUGAGAUCAGAGGGGUGAGUUUUGAUAUAUCUGCCUAGGCUAUCAAUAGAGUAUAUUUCAGUAAUAACUACACCGCCCCGAGGCAGACAAUUGAGCUAGAAGACAAAUUGCUAAGACGCAAGGAGCAGUCCGUCCGGGACUGGGUAGCUAUAGUGUUGGGUCGCCCGACCAAGAGAGCCGAGUAGACUAAUUUGAAGAAUCGGAUAAAAAAGAGUUGGUUGACUCUAGAAUCCAAAUUUUGGUGGAGCGUAGUGCAGUUGCGGCUUCUCCCCACUCAAGCUGAUAAUGCUCUUACGGUUGACCGGCAGGUUGUUGUAGCCACAUUGAUGUCUAGAUACCCGAUUGAUUUCGGGGCAUUGGCUAGUACAGAGAUACAGUUGAGGGCUUCCCAGCCCAACACUUCCAUGAUAUUUCCAUGCCUGAUUACAGAGCUUGUUCAGAGGUCACAAGUGCGGUUUAUAGAUGAUAUCGACCACCGGAUUACAGCUUCGUCGGUCUAUUCGGUAGAAAAGAGCAAGAAGGAGGCCGUUGAUGAGAGCCAAGGGGAAGCGGAUGGGGUACCCCUACCGCAGAAGCUAAUUCAUCCCGGGGUCGCAGGUGACUCUAAACAGGAGUUACCCACCACUGCUGCCCCUAUUACCGAGACUAUAUGGGCUACAGAUUCUGAGAUCCCAGCUACUGAUAUUGGAGAUGAUUCCAUUGAGAAUCAGACUGAUAAAUCUGAGCCACAGACUUCGGCUCCACCGCCUCCGAGUUCAGUCCCACAGCCAGCUGGCCUAGCUGGACAGCUCCAGGGUACAACCAGAGUUGAUCCAUUUGCCUUCUCAAUUGACAACUUUAGGAAAUUUACAAAACAGACGGCUACAGUGGACCAGCAAUCAAAGAUCAUAGUGGCCCAACUCGAUGAUUAUGUGAGAUGGAGAGUGGACGAGGCAUUAGAUCCAGUGAGGACGACACUGUCCGCUCGGUUGGAUGGAUUUGAGAUGAGAUUGACUACAUUGGAGAUGGCUCGCCCGACUACUUCCACAGAUGCUUUGAGGGCAGAGUUAAAGCAGCUUAAGGCUGAUGUUACAUUAUUGAAGGCCCGUGAUCUAAGCCUAGUAGCAGCAGCACCGUCUGUUACGGAGGAUAUUGAGGAGGAGCUUCCAGUGGUACAAUUAUUUGCACCUACUGUAGCGGGUGGUCGUGGAAAGAGAAAGAGAGCGUCCCGUGAUGAGGAGGAUGUGCGAGAGAGCACUCGCCCUAGGGGCCCGAGUAUAGAAGAGCAGCAGGUAGCAGAGGCCAUUUAGAGAUUGUUCGUGGAGAAUGUCCAGUUUGGGACUAGGGGAGCCACCUCGAGCAGUGCUCCCAGUGGUGAGACAUUGCCACCACCCUUUCCUACUCCAGUGCCAGUGCCCACGGGCACCACUACUGAUGUUGCUGCUGACGCUGCUACAGAGACUUCCGUUGGUGCGGUUGCACCACCUGAUGCCUCGCAGACCGAGGAGUCGCGAGAUGAGCAGCGCGCCUAGUGCACCACAAGUAUUCCUACUCCCUGGUUUUACUUUUAUUGCAUUAGGGACAUUGCAGACUUUUUCAGUUGGGGGUGGGAGUAUUUGAUUUGUUAUAUAUGUGUUUAAGACCCCCACAACUUUUUUUUGCCAUGGUUCUUUUCCUGGGGGGGUUUAUUUCUUGUUGAACCUGGAAUGUUUAGGUCGUGUUUAGAUAAAGUAGAGUAUUGUUGACUUAUGUGGUGGUGGUUUGAUUAACUUAGGGCUGUCUUAUUUUGAUUUUAAGAAAAAGUACUCCCCUCUGAAAAUUUCGAAAAAAAUGGACUUGGUUGUUUAAGUGACACGCAUGCUUUUUUGUGUGACAUUUAGAUUAUUGGGUUACCUUGUGCGCGGAAUUAUAUUGGGAGACUAGUGUGUUGACCACUCUAAUGCCAUGUGUUGUGAGGUUUUGUAGAUAUAUUCUCUAGUUGUGUAUGUAAUCUAGAACUUGUCUGGUUAGUCGUGCCUGCAUUUUAAAGAUAAGUGAAGCUGUGAAAUGAUCUUAGGCCUUGUUUGUGUUAGAAACCCAUGUUUAGCCUAAAUAUAAGCCUACCCACAGAUUAAUAUCCUUUGUUAGCCAUUUUGAGCCUGAAAACCUGUUCUUUGAUUAGCCGUAACAAGCCGAUACCCGUUCUGAAUACCCAUCUCUUUGCACCCGGUCCCUCCUUGGCACUAAAAUAAUAAGACUGUGGCUAAAAACCUAAGUUGGGGGUGAUAGGUGGACUAAGGGGAUUAUGAGGCAUAAGCCUAAAGUGGGGUUGAAUUAAAGUGCCUAGUUAAAAGACAGCGGUGUGGUAAGUGUAAAAUAAAAAUAAAAAUAGGGAAGUAUAAUCGCAAUAAAACCACACUGAGGCAACAAAAAGAAAGAAGGUAAGAAAACAAAAGGCGAAAGAGGUAAAAGAAAAGAAUAAGAUGUAAUGUUCGAGGAGGGUGAGUCACAGUUAUCCAAAUGUCUAUCCUACCCGUCCUCAAGCCUACAUUACAACCUUGAAAAAGUCCAGUGUGAUCACAGUCGAACUGUCCAAAGUCGAGGGCGCCGAAAAUAAGGGCAACCUUAUGUUAUUUGCAUGUAUAGCUAGAGAAUCUCUUUGUGAGUGUGAGUGUUUCUCUUCUCCUUUGUCUUCUGUCCCAUUCUGUGUGUACGUAUAUGUUGGGACAUUCUUUGGUCUUUGUGAGGGCAUUAGAAUUUGUUAAGUGACUGGUUUCCCGUGAGUCUUGAUUCGUGUGCGCUAUGGUUUCUUUGACAACUAGAUGUCAUAAAUUGAAGCCUCAUAGUUGCAACGAGUCCUUAAUUGGUUUUGUCUUUAUUGGGGGAGAGUUAUUGUGAUACACUUGAGACGCCAGAAGUUGAUUGCCACAACCACUGUAGACAGCUUUACUCUGUGAUAUCGAUACAUUUGUAGAUUGAGUCUGUUAGUUGACUUGCUUGAGAACAAGCAAAGAUUUUAAGUUGGGGUGUUGAUGUGCCAGUAUUUUGGCACAUCCAAUGCUUUUUAACUCUAAGUUUUACUUGUUUUCGAGCAGGUUUGUGUUAGUUUGAUGUGUUUUGUGUGUUGUGCAGGUAUUUUGAAGUUAGAAUGCUCGAAAAACGAAAAAACGAGGAAAAGAAGCAAUCUGUUCUGAUAAGCAUAAGGACGGACCGUCAACAUGCUCGACGGUCCGUCGAAUUUGCCUCGUCAAUAAGUUCCUGUGAAGUAACAUAUCAUCAGAGCAUUAUCAUAUCGUCGACCUGCACUGUCAACAUGAUCGACGGUCCGUCGAAGUGCUUCAAUGGUGGAUUUCCUGCAGAGUGAAAAAAGCAUACUCAGAUUGUCGAUAUGGUCGUCAAGUAUGUCGACGACCGUCGAAGUGCAAAGACGACGCGUCGAAGUGUAAGCCGAGCUGGAACAGGACUGGGAUUGAUUAUUCCGAGUUUGACUUGUAUAAAUACUUGUUUAGGUUUUAUUUUUCAGAUUGUGAUCCAGAGACAUCUAGAGACCUCAUAUUUAGGGUGAGGCCAGUUUCCACCAGAUUCGAGGGUCAACUCUUAUCCAUGCCAGGCCGCCUGAAGAUCUUCCUUAUUUUAGAUGUCUACUUCAUUUCAGACAUUUAUGUUUAUUUUAGACAGUUAUUCACUCUUUAGGCAGUUAUGUUUUAGAGUCCUUGUACGAUGACUUUCGAAUUUUGAGGUUGUAAUAAUUAGACUUCCGCAAUUCAUUAUUUAUGGCAUGACUAGACA